CAUUAGGUAUUCUACAGCCACAUAGGUUUAAAGUGAAAUGUCUUUAAUUUGGUAAACGCAAAUACACGUGAGUGAAUUUAAUUAUCAAUAUGUACAAUUAUUGCAAGCGGCUGACUCAACUCACAAGUAUUAAUACCUACCUUACCCGCAAACUCUUUUAAUAAUAUUUUUCAAUAUUAAGACGUGGACAACCGUCACUAUCAUUGAUCGGCAAACACGUGAAAUGGACGCAUAUUUAUACGAUAUCGAUCUGGCAAUGACGACUAAAUUGUACCGGCUUCAUAUUAUUAUAGCACAAUGGUUGUGACAUUUUUACAAAUCAAAAAUAUUCUUAUAUAAGACUAGUCUCUAUAAGGUAAGUCAAAAUAAAUUCAAGUUUGCCCUUGAUUUGACUGACUUGAUGAGAAAACAACCACUGAAGAUCGUUAAUAGCUUUAAUUACUACUCAUUGAGCAUCUACGCAUAAGCCUAGUAUAGAUGUACAAUAGCAUGCAAAUUUUAUUGAACUGAAACACAAACCAAGAUAUCAAACUACUGACCCUCGGAACGUCGCGUUCAGUAUCCGCCUAGUGUCGAAUAUAAAGUGAAGUAUCCGAACAUACAGUUAGGAUAUUUUCUACUCCUACCUUAAGCCGGUCUUACAAGUAGGCCAAAUUCAGGCGGUUUCUGAACGGCUCGUGAAUGCCUGUACGUUCGUCGGUUAACAAUCGCAGAUUAUUACGAUCGUUAGGAAUUUUAAAAUUUCCUGACUAUGGCAUCAAAUGAAAACUGCCCUACAGUAGAUACAGGGGCAGUUUUUAAACAUAAUGGCUUCAAUUCAAAUUCGAAGAAAGAACCAAUUGUUAGUGAUAAUGCUUUGCUCAACGUUGGAGAAGACGAUGAAAUGGAGAUUUAUGGAUACAAGCGAAGUGGACCAAUGGCUGUCAUUAUAUGGAUUCUUAUAUUUUUGACUUUGGGAUUUAUACGUUUAUUAUUUCAUUGGUGGCCUCAUUGGGUAUUGUACGCUAUGUACAAAAGAUGUCCACUUAAUAAAGCAGAACGUGUUCUCAUAGUCGAAAGUUAUGAAGGGAUGUACAAAUCGUAUUUUGUGAGACCAGUAAAAAACGUGUCUAUCAAAAAGAUCAACAAAGAAGAACUUUUGUUAGCCAAUAACAUUAGCAAUUUGGAUUCUAUUGCAAUUGAAGAAAACCACAUAGCAUUAGAAAUAAAAUCCAUUAGGAUACAUUUAAAUGAUGGAUCAUGUCAAGAUGUAAGUCAAAUAAGAGCAGUAGAAAUAAAAAAGAUCUGCUACGUUUGGUGCGAUAUUCAAGGGAAAUUCCAAAAACUUGUCGGUUUGGAUCGAGGUUUAACAACGGCACAACUGCAUACAUAUAAAGGUUAUUCUGUGCAAGAACAAUUAAUCAGAAAAUGCAUUUAUGGAGAAAACAAAAUCAAUGUACCUACUCAAAAUAUAUUAUCACUGAUAUGGCUAGAAGUUCUUAAUCCUCUAUAUAUUUUCCAAGCUUUUUCUCUUGUAGUAUGGUUUUCAGAAGGUUAUGUGUAUUAUUUAGGAGCCAUAGUUAUCAUGUCAGUUUUUGGAAUAACAUCAUCAGUUAUACAAACUCGUGCGAACCAAAGGACUUUAUUAGAAACUGUAAAUACCCUAGAUAAAGUGACAGUAUGCCGUGAUAUGGGUGGAGCUAAUUCUGCAGCUAUUUAUGAAGAUAUUCCCACAACAGAUUUGGUACCGGGUGACAUAAUUGUUGUACCUAGAAUUGGAUUUGAAGUACCAUGUGAUAUAGCUUUACUUUGUGGAACAUGUGUCGUUAAUGAAAGUAUGCUAACAGGUGAAAGUGUACCAGUGCUCAAGACUGCAUUACCUAAUAUAAAUCUUUUGUACAAUGAACGUGAAGAUGCAAAUCAUACUUUAUUUUCUGGAACGAAAGUUUUGCAAGCACGAUAUUUUUCUGAUAGAAAGGUUCACGGAGUAGUCUUAAGAACGGGAUACUUGACAGCAAAAGGAUCAUUGGUAAGAUCAAUUCUAUAUCCCCCACCGGCUGACUUUAGGUUUGAUAAGGAUACAUAUCGUUUUAUUUGGAUUUUGGCUGCGGUGGCGACUUCUGGUUCAAUUUAUACAGCAGUGUCAAAAGCAUCUAGAGGGUUGACAGUUUUUGACAUCCUAGUUAAGUCUUUAGAUCUGUUUACAAUAGUUAUUCCACCAGCACUUCCAGCUGCAAUGACGGUUGGAAGACUAUAUGCAUUACGAAGACUUCAAAAACAUCAACUUUCUUGCAUGAAUACGAGAGUUAUAAAUGUUUGUGGAUCAAUUGAUUGCAUAUGCUUUGAUAAAACAGGAACAUUGACAGAAGAUGGUUUGGACAUGUGGGGGGUAGUACCAGUCGAAAAUAACCAUGAACUAGGUUCACCUAUUAGAGAUGUAACAACAUUGUCAAACGACCAUUCGUUAAAAUUGGGUAUGGUGACUUGUCAUUCAUUGACACUACUAAAUUCAACCGUUUCAGGAGAUCCACUUGACAUAAAAAUGUUUGAGUCAACGGCUUGGUGUCUUGAAGAAUUAGAAGUUUCAGAUGCUUCGAAGUUCGAUGUACUAAUACCCUCAAUUGUGCGAAAUCCAACCACUUCAAAUGAUGGCAAACAAAUAGAAAUCGGUCUUAUACAUCAAUUUCAUUUUUCCUCAUCACUGCAAAGAAUGAGUAUGAUUACAAAAACUAUUGGUGAUCCACGUUUUAUUGUUUAUACAAAAGGGUCACCAGAAAUGAUUCAGUCAUUAUGUAUUCCUAGUACUGUGCCUAGCAUGACUAAUACUGUAUUACGGGAGUAUACUGAAGAAGGAUAUAGAGUUAUUGCUCUUGCUCAUAAAGUACUUCAAAAUUGUAACUUUGUUCAAAUUCCAAAAUUAAGACGAGAAGAAGUCGAGUGCGACCUAAUUUUUUCUGGCUUAGUCAUUUUAGAAAAUCGCCUAAAGGAUCAAACUACCCCUGUUAUUGAAGAACUUCAAGGGGCGAAUAUGAAAAUCAUUAUGGUUACAGGUGAUAACAUCCUAACGGCUGUUAGUGUAGCUAAAGAAUGUGGAAUUGUAUUGCCAUCAAAGACAGUAGUUGACGUAACAGCUGAUGAAAGUCAAGGAUGUAGUCCAAAAAUAUACUAUACAGCUAGUGGUAUUACAUCACCAAUGAGAGCUACAUCCACAUUCGAAAACUUUCAUUCGAAUAAAAACGAUUUAGAGCUAGAAGCUCGAGUGAACGGAGAUUACAGCUUUGCGAUGACUGGUCGGACAUGGGCUAUUAUUAGGGAUAAAUUUCCUGUUCUUCUCCCUAGGAUACUAGUUAAGGGAGCUAUUUUUGCUAGAAUGACAUCCGAACAAAAGCAACAAUUAAUACAAGAACUACAGUACAUUGGUUAUCAUGUCGCCAUGUGUGGCGAUGGUGCAAAUGAUUGCGGAGCGUUACGAGCUGCACAUGUUGGAGUUUCAUUAUCAGAAGCAGAAUCGUCAGUGGCAUCACCAUUUACAUCACACAUAGCAAAUAUUUCUUGUAUGCCUCGUAUCAUUCGAGAAGGACGAGCGGCACUUGUGACAUCAUUUGGAAUUUUUAAAUUUAUGGUUCUCUAUAGUUUGUUGGAGUUUACUUCAACGUUUAUUUUGUAUAACAUAGACAGUAACUUGACGGAUUUCGAGUACUUGUUUAUUGAUAUUGGUUUAGUGGUAAACUUUAUGUUCUUUUUCGGCAGAAAUGAAGCUUUUCAGGGAUCAUUAUUUAAAAAGCCUCCGUUAACAAGACUAUUAUCAUUUAUCCCUAUGUUUUCGAUGGUUGCAAACUUACUUGUAAUGGUAUCAACACAAGUUUUAUCUUUUUACUUAGUGCAUAAUUUUUCUUGGUUCAAACCAUUCGACUAUACUCAUCCAAAAGAGUAUAGAUGUUAUGAAAAUUAUGCAGUUUAUUCUGUUUCUCAGUUUCAAUACAUAAUAUUGGCUCUAAUAUUUUCGUAUGGGAAACCAUACCGAGGACCAAUUUACAAAAAUACAGUCUUUUUCUCUAGUUUACUGACUAUGACGGCUGUUUGUUCAUAUAUAACGUUGUUCCCAGCCGAUUGGAUUAAGGAAUUAUUACAAUUGCAAUUUCCUCCGUUCAUGGAAUUCCCAAUAAUUGUGGUUACAUUAGCUGUAGUUGAUUGUAUCUUAUGUCUGGGUAUAGAGUAUUUUAUAGUUGAUUAUUUGCUAACAAAAAAAUUGAAAUUGGGAUCAUAUGAUUCUAGUAAUGACCACCUAUAUCAUUCAGUGAAAGUCGAACUAGAUUCUUCUCCUGGAUGGCCACCUAUUUGCAAACAUCAACCAAUGAUUACAUCUUCGUCUUUAGAAUGUAUGCGCAAGACUGAAAUUGACACAGAACAGUUUGAACGUCAAGAACGAGUUAAAACAAUGAGCACUAAUUUAUGAAUUGUAAUGGCAUGAUCAAUCUUUAGUUUAGGAUUGAUAAAUCAAAGGAAAUAAAAUGCUUUAAAGUAUACAUUUCGCAUAUUAUAUAAAACGGAUAACGAUUUUCAAGGUUUACAAAUGCACUAUAAUACUUGUAGUCCAAUGUACCAGUUACCACUACUAAGUAAUUUCCUCAUAGAUAUUUUUAAGAAAAUAAUUGUAACGGUUCAUUUUUUUUUUUUGAACCAUCACUACGAAUAUUGUUAAUUAAUAUGGCAUGUUUUAUAAAUGAUUGACUUAUGAUGCUAAUAAUAUUAUUGGGCAUAGUAGUUUUACAUCGAACAGCUUCAAAAUGUCUUAUAAAUGUAUAAAAGUGUGACACUAUUAAAUCAUAAAAUAUUUAUAUUUAUA